AUGCGUCUUACAUUGAAACCUACGACCGGCGAUUGGGGCCUGCCUGAUUCGGCGGAACAAUCGCCAAUUGAUGAAACACAAUUUGGGGAUGCCCUGAACAUGUCAAGGGAGCUCUCAAGUUGCAUAGAAAGUUUUAUUGCAGCUGCAGUCACGCAUACGACUAAUCCCACUACUUCAAGUGAGAUUUUCAUUCGAUAUUGGAAAGGUUCCUUCGAAAAUUGUCUCAACAGGUUUGGCGCCCAAUACGCACAAAGUCAAGAAAAUCUAGACAAUGAGCCAUUUGUUGACAAGAACGCUGUCAAUCAGAGUGAGACGUCGACAAGCAGCGGCUAG